AUGCAGCUCGCAAUCAACGCCGUUAUCCUUGCCGUUGCCUUUACGGUGGUUUCUAGGCUGAUGCAAUUUCGAAAAGCUCCUCUCAAUCGGUUCAUAAAGAAGUUGAGAUUUCUCACGAAUGGCUUCAAACUCGUGACGUCUACGACAGAACAGGAGGUGGCCGCCUUACGCAGCCAUGACGUUAAGGACAUCCGGUCACAUUCACAUGCGGAGCUGCUGACGAGAAACGAAGUUGAGAGUCGUUUCAACGAGAAUUCUUGGCAAGGCCUUGCAUACCAGGAUUUUAGGAACACAAUAUUAGCCAGGGGAAGGGGAACGAAGACAUUUCCUUGCGUAUACGCCACCAUGGGCUAUCGAUCAGACGAUCAUCGCUAUGUAUUCCUCGAGUCGGACAACCCAUCAGAGCCCCGUAAUGUACGCAAGGUAGCUCUAUGUCUAGCCUCCUAUCUGCGUAUAUCAACCUCUCUGGGUCCUAAUACGUCCCUCGUCAUCAUCGGCGCCCCCUCCGAGAAGCAGCGGACUGUCGAAGAGCAUAACCGUACCUUCUGGGACAUGCUUCGAGGCCUUCGUAUCUGCGACCCAAAGGCUUGGCCAGACGAUAUUCCGCAAGACACAGAGGAUACUAAAUGGACUUUUUGCUUCAAUGGAGAGCCGGUGUUUCCGGUUAUGUUAACGCCAGCGCAUCAGAAACGCUGGAGCAGACAUAUGAGCGUGCCGGUAAUAGCCCUGCAGCCGAAAUGGGUCCUGGACAAUCUGCUUGGAACUCCCGAGAAACGAAAGGCUGCACAAAACAAAGUUCGGAACCUGUUGCAGAAGUACGAUACUAUAGGCGUCAGCCCAGAUCUGACCGCUUACGGCGCAGUUGGCACUAGCGAGGCCCGCCAGUUGUGCCUGCAGGACAAGAACGAAUCGGUUCAAUGCCCGUACCGCAACUUUGAUAGCUAA